AUGGCCAACAUACUCAACGAUAACGACAUUGUCGCCGCGCUCUUCGCCCGGUUUACCGGUGGAUACCAUUACAUGAUCGCCCUGUAUGGUGUCGGAGAGGGCAACACGGCCAUCAAACUCCAUGUCAAUAAUCUUACCGGAGACUUCGCAUUUGAUACUGGAAGCUACAACCUCUUGGGGUCUCUUACGCUGUGUACGCUUAUAAAGAUAGGGACUCGGGGACAGGUUUCUCCUGCGGAAAUCCGCGCGAUAGUAGAGGCGAUUCCUCUGGAAGUCCCUCCCGCAGACCAAGCAACGGAGAAGACGUUCGAUUGUCGCGUUUGGUUCAGAGAAGCGGUACGGCGUCUGGACGCUAACGGCAUACUUACGUGUCCGGACAUCGAUGCCUUAGAGAUUGAGCUCGAGAGGCUUGCUGAUCCUAACGCCCGAAGCAUCCUCCAGGGCAUAGGAAGAUUCACCUACUUUGUAGCCACAACCUGUACAUGA